GUCAUUUUUAUUUAUUGUUUUCGUAUUGUUUUUUCGAGAUGAAGCAAAUAAUAACGUGUUCUAUCAGUUGUCUCUUAGAUGUUGGAAGUGGAACUACAAGUGCAAAGUAGUUUUUGUGUGGUGCUCCACUGCUCCAGAGAAAGGAUUUUCAUGUGGAACAUUUACUGUGGGAUUUGUGGAACAGUCACAGUGCUUUGAAUAAUAACAUAGCUGAAUAUGUGGGCACUGGUAGCUUGCGCGGCUACCGCGUGCGUGUACAGCGGAGUGCGCGCGCAGCCCGCCACGUGCACCACGGACGACCAGUGCCAGAAGGACUUCUACUGCGACCGCGAUGGCGCCUUCAUGUGCCACCCGUGCCUCAACUGCGAGCUGCUGAAGCGCACGCCGCCUCUGGAGUCCGUCGACUGCAUCAAGUCUGUAGCGAAGUGCGGCUCUUGUAUCGCGGGGUUGGUAGAGGACUUCAGAGGCGACGUAAACCUGGAGUGCGUGCUGCCUGACGCAAGGAGCGAUGACGCCGCCAUACCGGCCUACGUGUGGGUCAUCGUCAGCGUCGGCCUGCUGCUGUUCGCUGCCGUCGUCGUCAUCGUCGUGUACGUGUUGCGAAACACUUACACCUUCAAGAUACUGGCCUCGACGCGCACUUCGCUCCAGGCGCCAUGUGUAAACGGCAGUGCUGGCAGCGGUGCAGCGAGCGCGCCCGACCUGCCGCCGCCCUACUACGCGCACUACAACGUGGUGCGGCCCGAGUCGCCGCACGAGCCGCACGCGCCGCACGCACCGCACGCGCCGCACUCGCCGCACUCGCCGCACUCGCCGCACUCGCCGCACUCGCCCGUGAACCGACACGACACGCAGUACAGUGGAGAAGAGUCUACCCGGCCGUUCAUAGAUCGCAAGCCGACGGGCUACGAUGCGAGCUACGGCGGCGGCGCGCGCGAGUCAGCAGGCAGCCAGGCAGCGCAGGUCUACAACAACCCGCAUUACGUGCGCGUAUCGCAACCGCCGAGCAGAUCUGAGGCGGAGGAAGCAGGCAUGUCCGACGGCGAGUUCGACGACGAGCCGUACUUCUCGACGACGAGACGAACGUCCUUCAAUGCUUCGCAGGAAGAGGAGACCGUGCCCAGCGCGUGGACUCCGGCCGCGAGCGCUACCAGCGCUGCGGGCGCCGAGGGCGCGCUGUCGGCGCAGCUGGCGGCGGCGCGCGUGUCCACGCUUCUGCACGCGCCGCACGCCCAGCCGACUUGCAGCUGGCAGGACUCAAACAACAACCGCAACGCGAGCGAGUCGCUAGGAGCGGAGGCGGGCGCGGGAGCGGGAGCGGGUGCGGGCGCGGGUACGGGCACGUCAGGCGCGCCGUCCUUCAUCAUCAACGUCAUGCAGACCAUCAACACGCUGCAGCAGACGCAGCCUAGUAAACCGCAUCGCCACAACGAGCCCAACUGCUGAUCUCCACGCAACACCGCUACGUGACUGUUCUCUCGCCAAUUCUAACCCCAGUGUGAUUUUUUUCAUUUCAUUAACCCCGUUUAAGUCAAAGCAUACAUACCGAGUUUACAUACAUGUAAACUCGGUAAGAGAUCUUGACCGUAUCCAUUCGCUAGGGAGAGAUUACAUUACUGCUCCGAUUACUGUGAGAUUUGCUUUUGAAAUUGCAUAUUCAGUUAAGAUCUAAGUUAGCUAGGUUAAGUUGACCAAGUUAUUCUUCCUAGGCAACAAUCUCACCGCCAUAGUGACAGAGUCACUCGCAUUCGAGGAAAUCUCCCUGGGUAACUUAGCCUUCAUGCUUUCGUUUCAUCCGAUCAAAACAAAAAGCGAUUUAAAUUGCUGUAUUUUACAAGCAAUAUGCUUAUAUUAUACAUUCGCAAGUUUUCGUUUUGAACAUUAAGAAUAGUCAUGUAAGCGUCCGUUGUUUCGCUCAACAAUGCUCAAAGACAUACAGACAUCCAAGGAGCGCGUUUGAUUGGCUGAACGCAGGUUCCUAUAUUACUGUACGUAAGGUGCUAUUGUGUAAAUUGUAAAAGUCGGCUUAAUUCAUUGUGCAUUAGUGGAAGCUAUGCUUGCUGCUAGGCAGAUCAAUGUGAUAAUGUCAUCAAAGAUCAUCAUUAACAGCUGGACAUAGGCCGGACUUCAAACACCAUGGUCUCGAGCCGCCAGUAUUUAUCCAGCAAGCCCCCUUGAUGUUUUCGAUCCACCUAGUGGGGGGUCGACCAACUCUGCUGCGCUUUCCGCUGCAGGGUCGCCAUUCCAGCACCUUGGGACCCCAACUCCAUUGGCUGUUCGAAAUAUGUGACCCGCUCAUUGCCACUUCAGCUUCGUGACUCACUGAGCUAUGUCAGUGACUUUGGUUCGUCUGCGGAUCUCCUCAUUUCUGAAUCGAUCACGCAUAGAAACUCCAAGCAUAGCUCGCUCCAUCGCCCGCUGAGUGAUAGAUGAUAUUCAGAAGCGACAAUAUUUGCAUAAUUUUUAGCGAAUUUUCAACAAAAAUCUGCGAUAUUUCGCAAGCAUUGAUGACGUUUUCGACUUUUGCACAAUAUUUUCGACUUGGUUCUUUAUUUACUUGGUGCAUUUAGAUUUAAAAAUACAGCGAUAUCAAUGUUCUCCUGAGGUGUUUUGUGUGUCGUUAUAGUUGAGUGGCUCAAUAUUGAAAUGUGAUACCGCGUGAGAUACUUUUUAUACGUAUGAUUUUUUUUUAGAAAAUUUGUAUUAAUUGCUUAGUAAUUCGCAUCAUAUAUUUUAAUGAUUAUUUACAUCUAUUGAGAUUCAACGCAUUUAUCUGAGGCACAUGUUAUCGUGUUAUAAUACUCUCAAGUCGUGAAUGAAUGGCACUUAGUGUCUGAAAGGGUCUGUCUAAUUUCUUCCUAAAUUUGUUAUUAUUGCUUUAAAAUUGCAAUUUUUAUUUCUGAAAUUAGUUUUUGGAUUAGUAUUUUGAUUUAGAUAGAAAAUCCUUUCGUAGCGGAUCCUGGACACAAUAAGCGUUCCCAAGGAUCCAAAUCGAUGUAGAAAUUAUAUAAAAUAAAUGAAUGGGUCUUUUUUGGUAUAUUCUAAUAAUGUAAAUUUUAACGGAUUUCCUUCAGGACGAUUGCUGUUCUUUUUGUUAUUUUUAAUUAAUAUUAUCGCUAUUUUUAGGGUAGUGCUCAUUAUUUUUAAUAGUUUUAUGAAUGUAAGUGGAAUAGUCAAUUUAAUAUUGAGAGAAGACUUGUUCAUCUGAUUAUGUUAUUUCUUCCCUCAAUAGUUAACUUUUAGUUAUAGUUAGCACGUAAGAGUUAGUAGAGUUGAGAUGCGACGGUUGUUCACAUUGUUGUAUUAUGUUUGUUUGAAUGCAAUGUUACUUAAUGAUUAUAAUAAGUAGUUGGAUUUUAUGAUCCCCCACAUACUAGCAUUUCUCCAGUUGUCGAAAGUAUUAAGCAGUAGAAUGCAUUUAUUUCUUAUAAUAAUAGGACGCACAAUCAUGUACAAAAUUUCACUUAAGAACUGGCCAAUUUUGCUUUGAAAGUUUUAGAAUUAUUGGUAAAAAAAAUUAAUAAAGUCCAAUGUUCAAUAAAAUCCCGAACUCAGAGCAAAUUCAACCUUUAGAUUUGAGUUUAAGGUUGAAUUUGCAAAUGCGACUACUUGAAUUGAGUGCCAAGAACUAGUGUUUGGCACUCAUUGAGUGGGGACAUUUUUUGGUCGCUGAUUGUGCAACCACUUUUUAAUAGGAGAUCGAUGAGAAGAAUCUUAUAGACGAAACUUUUCACUUGGACUAACGUCUGGAGGAACUGCAGGUGUGAUGGAAGCUUUUGGUUGAAGACCAAAUUAUGAAAAUAAUAGUAUUCUCUACUUUAAAACUGAACCAAAGUAAACUUAAUUGUCAGAUACGAAUAUUAUACAUUAUGUAAUGUCCAUUUCACCAUAUUUCCAAUCAAAAUAGACUAUUUUCUAUUUAAACUAAAGUUUACAGAUUUUCAUAUAACCAAAUUUGGUCCAUUUUAUACUAAUAGCAUUAACAACUGAGUCUUAGGGCCAUAAAUCAUUUCUCUAUAUCUAUCUCGCUUGCACUUAUGGGUCUUAUGGAGCCGUCUAGUGAAGGGUGUAACAAUGAAAGACAUAUUAUCGAUAAGUAAAGUUUAUUAUCGUAUCUUGUUCACAAAAUUAAAAAAAUUAACAAUAUUUGAUUUAAUAUAAUACAUAUUUCAUAUUAUAUAAUUAUUAACUAAAUAAAAUUAAUCUUCAUCUGAGUCUUCAUCAUCAGAAUCUUCGUCUUCUGCCAAAUUUAUUAUAUAUUAGUAUCCAUAGUGCGCAACGAGUAACACAUGAAUGUAUUUAUUUAAUUGCAGUAAACACAUUUAUAGCAAAAAAAAUACGCAAUGCAAUUACAUUAGAAACCGACCAAUCAGAAUCGUCCAAAUCAUUAUUGACUCAUCAUUAGCACGUGCGCAGGUAGCCGUUUAUCGAUAAUUAGGGUGCGCAGGUAGGCGCGCUGCACAUUCCUAUCUUUUUUGACUUUUAUGACCGGACGACUCAGAUGAUAAUGCGCAUACUAUAGUACGUAUUUAGUUAAUCUUACCUAAAUUACAUAAUAUGAUAUGAAUCUAAUAAAUACAUUUGGUGAUUAAAUUUAAUCAAAUAAUAUUUUGGUACUUCAAUUAAGUUUAAAAUAGUAUAAUUAAGUUUUUUUUUUACCAUAAAGCAUUAUCUUAAAGUAGAUGCUACUCACUAAUUUGUUCUAGCUUAAGUGUUAACAGCUUCUUUAUACUAGCGUAAGAAAGGGAAGCCAGACAGUGUGGUGCCGUAACGCGUUACGUUACGAAGAGAUUUACACUCCCAUAACAAGUUAUCACUUCAAAAACUGUAAAAUCUAAAAAAGCGUUUAUUUGAGCGACACUAUAACAAAGCCUUGAACCAUCAAGUAUUUCGUUAUAGACACGCUAGUGUGAAGAGGUUGUACUUAGAUCUGUAAUAUUAGCAUGAGAUUACUUACUUAGAUGAAUAUACUGCUUUUGAUGAUUUUUUAGAUUAAUAUAACCACUGCCAUUGUUAAUGUACACUAUGGUUUCACAUUAUAGUUUCCGAUAGAUUAUAUUGUCAAGUAUAAAUUACAAACUAAUUUUACUAACAUAAAUAUUUGGACAAAUCUAAUAAAAUUGGCAAUCAAUUUUUUUAUAAAUUACAUAAUUCCUAUUUUGGCUAUUUCACAUAAACUAGAUUUUAUAAAAUUAAUUAUAUUGAAAUUGUUCACAUGAUUCAAAAGAAUUACUUAGCACAUAAAACUCAAAUAAAGUCUGUCUGAAUAUUUUUAAUAAAAUUAAAAAAAAUGUUUGAUAUAAUAUAUUAUGAUGUUUAUGUUGCUUUGUAAUAUUGUGAUUUUAUGCUUUAUUUGUGCCGGACCAGUGAGGUGUUACGCUAAGUUAAGAAAUCUUAUCUAAGAUAAGCUUUAAAUCUUAUGUAGCCAUCUGAUAUUCAAAGAAACAACUUAAAACCUUAUUAAUUUACACUUUUGACAAACACUCGCAAUAACAUCUCACACCAAUUGGUUUAUGUAGUUCCUAUAUUUAUUCUCAAAGUCAAAAGUUUUUUAACAACACGACUUAGAACCAAACUUUCUAAUUUAUAUUCUUGACGAUCUAACAUCUCACAUCUUCUUAUUUAAGUAAUUUCUUUUUUAUUCUUAUGUCGUUUGUAAUGUUCAUUUUUGGGAAUCUGUCGAGUGUACCUAUUCGAUAGUAAUCCGUGAUCCGCCUAACAUGUCCUAGGAAAUUAUCGGUUUAUUAUUGUACAAAAGUCUGCAUAAUAUAUAUUUAUUUAUAUACAGAGUCAAAUUAGUCGGAAGAUUGCUGUAUAAAUUAUUAUUUGUUAGUUAUAUAUGUCCAGAAUCUGAGGCAGAUUUGAAUCUCCAUUUUAUUACAUUGGCAUUAUACAAAAUUUUAAUUUUUUUUUUAAUUUCAUAACUUUGGUUUUUAUUAUGCCGAUUUUAUAGAAACUACUUACACAGUUUAAAAUCGAAAAGUAGAAGAUUUUAUUAUUACUGAUUUUGUGAAAUAAUCAUUAUACAACUCCAGUGAUUAUAUCAACUUACACAACAGUUGGUUAACUUUUAAGAGAUUCUGAUAUUCGUUUUAAAAUUUUACUGUAGUAAAUUAUUAAUAUAGAAAACUGUGGAUAGUGAACGAAAUAUGAGUUUCGAAAAUUCAUGAAAGGUCUUCCUUGGAUGCACUAAUUUAGUAUGUUUAUUUACUCCAACAUAGUGCAUAAAAAUGUUGUGUAACAUAGUACCAUAUUAUAGUAGAAAAAUAUAAUUACCGGAAUAACAAAAAUAAUGUGAUUUAUCUCUUAUCAAUCGGUAAUUUACGAAUUGAUUAGCAGAAACUUCACAUUUAAAAUUGAAAAUAUUUUUUUAAUACAGUUUUAUUUACUUGGAUACAUUUUUAAUAUAUUGUAAUAAUAAGUGUAAUGAUUUUUAAUCAUAAUAGUGCUCCUAGAUUCAUCCCACACAGAAACUUGUAGAUAUUAUAGUCCGGGAUCCGUAGAACAUUUUUUACAACUGAUUACUAUCAAGUUAAUUUUUCGUGAGCAGCUUCAUCUUGGUGAGACAAUCAACUUUUUUAUUUACGAAAAUUCUUGAUUCUGGUAGCUAACUAAGUUACCAGGAAAUACAAAUUUCUGAGCGUCGGAACGAGAUAAUAUAUAUACCACCCAAUUUGUAGGACAUUGUGGCUGUCAAGUUGUAUAACUAUUAAUUAAGAACUUGCUCCCCCGGUGAUUUUUUUUUCAAGCCCUUUUCGGGGCUGAGGCAUUUGGCCUGAGUCGAGUUUAUAACGUUAGCUCCAGUUAUUCUUUGUGUUAGUUUCAGUGCCACCAGGUCAGAUAAGUUUGUAGAAUUAAACUAUAAGUCAAUAACCAACCACUACAUGAAACUGUCUUUCUGAAAUGUUAUUUAUGUAAAAAAUAUCUAGACUCGACAAAAAAUACUAUUUUUGUAUCAUCUGUGUGGGAACAUAUGUCGGUAUAAUCAUCAUAAUCUUAUUUGAACCAAGUGCCUUAACACGAUGAACUGGCUGUGAUGCACUUGUUUAUGAAGUAAUUUUUUAUUGUUACAAUUGUUGUAAAAUUAAGUAUACCAGCUAUAUUAUGUAAAAAUCUUCCUUUAGCGAAUCUGUAAAUAAGGUAUGAGCCAUAUAAGAGCAAGACCGAUACCUCUAGUCACAGCUCACAAAGAUGUAAGAUAAAUACCUACCUUGUGGAAGGAAUGUUUUUACAAAUAAAACAAUUUAAAUUUA